AUAACAGCCUAGGGUUAUUAUUAUUCUUUUAAGACGAGAGAACGUAUCAGUGACAGAGCCGCAUAGCGCAUAGCUGAUUUAAGGCUCAGUUUGCGUCGGCUUCGUCUCCUCUUCCCCGAUUUGCUCGUGAUUGCUUCCUCUGCCCACGACUUAGGCGACUUAGACAUUGCGCACAUCUCUUUGCCCCUUGACAUUUCCCAUGAGAAGUAAAAAUACAAAAUGUCACAAUGCAAAAGCAGAAACAUAAGCAAAAGUCGUCGCGCCCUUGGAGCGAACCCAAGUGGCACGACCAAUAUCAGCAAUGGUAUUCGGAACGAGUAGGCCGGCAUGGCACUAUAGAGUAUAAUUGGAUUGGGCCAACCCUCCCUAACGCCCCUGACCAAAGUAUCCCACGGUCUGACGCUAUUAACAACCUGGUUGACAACCUGGCUGUAGAAGUUGGUCAUCUUAGUGUCGACCAAGGUAUAUACGACCAAGGCCAGUAUCCUGAUUAUGGAGGCCACCAUGCUACCGCCAUCGACCACGCUAGCUAUACACACGACGCACGCCAGCCCCAAGAUUCCAAUUACCUUGAUCAUGUGCAGACGCAACAGCAAAGCAGUAAAGGAAAGGGAAAAUCUCUCGAAGUAGAGCAGCUUGCAGAUUAUGGCGGUUCCUCGGUGGAUGGCAACCAACCACAAGUUGCCCGCGGGGUGCAACUGGCAAUGGGCGACUAUAGCCAAGGAACGCGGCCCCAAUACUAUCUAAGUGCUGAAGCUAUUGUAGCUGGUACAGCUGGGAAUGUUUCAGAAGCACAAGUGAAUGGAUACGACGAACCUGAGGAAAACCAGGUUUUCAACGACGAUGAAUAUCAGGAAGCUAUCCGCAGGAGUCGCAGCGAAUACUACGGAACCCAAAAAACAGGCGAGCCAUCAUCUUACUCGACGCCAGUGGCAGAAACAGCCACAUCCUCGUCCUGGCCUACUACCGUUGACCCUAAUGCAUACGAAUUAAAUCCAUCCCUAGUAAAUGGGGACGACCUACCAACGCCGCGUGGUGGUUCGCCAGUUUCGGGUCCUAUGAUCCCGUCAACUCUAUCUUACGCCAAUUAUAUCCAGGGAACACCAGGAAUGGAAGAAAUCCUAGAUAGCCGAUACAGAGUAGAACAUUCAGCACGGUUCCAGCCAGGCGAAGUGUUCAAGAUUCUUUGGUCGGAACCUCUCGGCCAAAUCGGCGGCGACGACCCGAUUUCCGACGUAACGAAAAGGAGGACUGCAGCUGGUAGUAAAUUCUACGUUGGUUUCCGCAGGUUCAUCAUUGUCACAACGGACGAGAGCCAUCAUAGCACUUGCGUGCCAAUCCUAACAUACGACCGAAGAGGAUGUCUAAAGAAAGGCGUUAGACCUAGCAAACAUGGAAUCAUAUACAUGGCAGGGAGCAAGCCUAGACUUCUAAAGAAUGAACCCGAACUUGGCUUCACCCCCGUAGCACUACAGGUUUACGCGGAAGGCGAGAAACUUGCUAAGGAAUCCCGGGUCAACUACUCUAAGCUAGUCACUAUCGAGCACAACGUCAAGGUAUUUUUCAUCGGCUCGAUUACCGGGGAAGAUUUCGAAAACGUCAGCUAUGCUGUUGACGUGUGCUGGGAUAAGAAGAUGCGUCUAUCGAAGAAGUCGAGGAGGUAAAUCCGCUUCGCCCUUAACAAACUAUACGUUCAUACACGGCCUAGGCCACCAUGGUAUUGAACGGCAUUACCCUAUAUAUACGUUUUACACAAAAUCUACUCUAUGGCUUUACUGCCUAUAACUAGCCUUGACCGACUUGGAGAUCGGCCAUAUUACAACAACAAAUUACGUUUCACUUCCAACGGCGACCUGUUGUCACCACAUUUUAAGCGACAUUUCCACGAUAUAGAUAUUGGGAAAACAGCACACUGGUACGCAAGGACCAACAACUAUUAAUAGUUAGCAUCCUGCUUCCGUUU